AUGGGUCUCACCGAAGAACAAAAGCAGCAUUUCAUUGAGAAUGGCUGGUUAAAAAUUGAAGGUGCCUUUACAGCCGAGCAGGCUGCGCCGCUGAUAAAAGACGUUGAAGAACGUCUCGGCGUGAACCUGAAUGAUAAAUCAACUUGGAAGCAGUGGCGAAUUAACCUCAAGCCUACUAAGUGGGUUCAGGCAUCUGAGUUUGCCCCAAAGGCUUGGGAAGCCAUCUGCGAGCUCUCUGGCGGGGAGCACCGUCUGGACCCUGAGGGGUGUUUCUGGAGCAACGGCUACAUCGUCAACCUUGGAGAUGCUGCCUAUGAGGGCAAGCCAUCGCCGCUGGAGGGCCUGGACCAAUUCCAUACUGAUGGGCAGUUCUUCGUCCAUUAUCUCGACAGCCCGGAGCAGGGUAUCUUCUGCGUGCCACUUUGGACCGAUAUAGUACCAGGUGGUGGUCCUACCGCUCUCUGCUCUGGGACUGUAGGCACUGUUGCAAAAUGGUUAUAUGACCACCCUGAGGGCACCAACCCAGACCUGCUCCCUCGAGGCCAUCCGCGGUUCGAUGAUCCCAACGGGUCCAAUUUAGAUUGGUCGAACAAAGUUGCUCGGGCCAACGGCCGUUUCGAACUGGGGACAGGCAAAGUUGGCGAUGUAUACUUGUUGCAUCCGUUCUUGGUUCACUCCCCGACGCGCAAUGAGAAGAAGCAUUUCCGUGCCAUAACAAACUCAAAGACGAGUUUGAAGGAGCCUCAUCAUCUACAUCGUGCGGAUGGCAAUUACAGCAUUCUAGAGCAGAGCAUCAGGCGCGGCUUGAUGCAGAAUGGUGUGACAGAGGAGGAUCUGAUGAACUGGCACAUCACCCAACCUCGAGAACAAUUCAAGCCAGGCCUCGUUGGUAGAAUAGUACCCACAAAGGCUGAUGUCACUCCUCUCAACAAAUUCGGAGUACCUACACCAGUGUGA